AUGACCAAACCAGAGGUUGUGCGCUUUGGCGAUGGGCACUAUCGGCGCGUUAUCUAUGGGCUUGGACCAUAUAUUGCAGAUUACGAAGAACAGGUUCUAUUAGCAUGUAUAGUGCGCUCUUGGUGUCCAAGGUGUAUGUCACACUGCAAAAAUUUGGAUGCCAAGUCGUUGCAUCAUACUCGUGACCAUACAGAAGCACUCAUCGAAGAAGUAUCAUCUACCGACCUGUGGGACGAAUAUGGGAUCAUCCAUGACCUCGUUCUGUUUACAAAUGAUUUUCCUCGAGCUGAUAUAUACCAACUUAUCGCGCCAGACAUCCUACAUCAGUUGAUUAAAGGAACCUUCAAGGAUCAUUUAGUUGAGUGGGUUAGAAAAUAUCUGCUUCAUGUGCACGGAAAGAAAGGAGCAGAGAAAAUUCAAGAUGAGAUAGAUAGAAGGAUCGCCGUGGUUGCCUCAUUCUCAGGUCUUCGAUGUUUCCCAGAAGGUCGAGGAUUCAAACAGUGGACCGGGGAUGAUUCAAAAGCGCUUAUGAAGGUUUAUCUACCUGCCAUUGAAGGUCAUGUCCCAACGGAUGUGGUGCGCACAUUUCGUGCAUUUCUUGAAUUCUGUUAUCUUGUCCGGCGUAAUAUCAUUACAGAAUCUACACUGGUUCGAAUCCAGGACGCCCUCGACCGAUUCCAUCAUUACAGGAAGGUCUUUGAGUCCAUAGGCAUUGUACCUACAUUCUCCCUCCCUCGACAACAUUCUUGUUCCCAUUACGUCCUCCUUAUCCGACUGUUUGGUGCACCCAAUGGCCUUUGUUCCUCAAUCACUGAGACAAAGCACAUCAAAGCCGUCAAGGAACCAUGGAGGCGCUCGAGUCGCUACAAAGCCCUCGGCCAAAUGCUGGUGACAAACCAGCGUCUCAAUAAACUUGCAGCUUUGCGUAUUGAUUUCAAGAGCCGUGGGAUGCUGAAUGGCACCUGUCUGUCAGAAAUGCUUCGGGCAUUAAAGCGUUUGCGGUUAAAUAGUAUGCCUGACGCCAAUCAGCCUGACCAACCUAAUGAGAAUAACAUCCCACUACUCCCUGACCUCGACAUUACUAUGCGGGGUGAUAAUGAAGAGGAACGCCAACGCGCACAAACUAUACCUGACUUAUCUGCAGAACUGGCUAUCCCCCAUCUCUAUAACAUCCUCCGCCGAUUUCUAUUCAAACAAGUGAACCCAGAUGACCAGCGCUCUCCCUCUGAAGUCCCACUUGCAAGUUGUCCGCGAUUCGAUGGUAAAAUCCAAGUUUUCAACUCUGCUUCUUCGAUAUUCUAUGCGCCCAGCGACCAUAGUGGGAUUGGCGGCAUGCGCCGGGAGCAUAUUCGUGCCUGUCCUGUAUGGAGAAAUGAGGCACCCCGGUAUGACUGUGUGUUUGUGGACACAGAUGCAGGUGUUGAAGGGAUGGGAGGCAUGGACAUAGCUCGUGUAAUGUGUUUUUUCUCUUUCAUAUUUGAGGAAGUUUCAUACCCAUGCGCUGUAGUGCGUUGGUUUGACAAAGCUGACAACGGACCCGACGAGGACACUGGGAUGUGGAUCGUAAAACCUUUGUAUGAUGAUGGCCAUUCACCGUCGAUUGCGAUCAUCCAUGUUGAUUCUAUUUACCGGGCCGCACACCUCAUCCCAAUCUACGGAACGCAUGCCAUCCCACGGGACCUCAAGCACUAUGACUCAUAUGACGCCUUCUGA